AUGCUCUCAAAGGCCCAAAACAAUUUGUUUCUCUGGACUGGACUCCUGCUCGCGCUCCCUGGAGCUCUACUCGCGCCCACCAAAAGGUCCGAGUGUACCAACCCUGCUAUUCGUCGGGACUGGAGCACUCUUCCUCAGUCAAAGCGCGAUGCGUUUCAUAGUGCAGUGAAGUGUCUCCAGGACAAGCCGAGCAUUCUCGAAACCAAUGGAGUCAGCAAAUCGUUGUUUGACGAUUAUACCUAUAUACACUUACAAAGCGACUUAAUUGUACAUAAAGUUGCUGCGUUUUAUCCAUGGCAUCGCUAUUUCGACCUAAGUGAAUGCGGAUUUUCCGAUCCGAUGCCUUACUGGGACUGGACUCGCGAUGCCAACAGCGUCGAUGAAUACAGAAAUGCGCCAAUUUUUGAUACAGUCACUGGGUUCGGGGGGCCUAGCACUCCAGAAGGCAAUGGAACGGCAGUGUGCGUUGACAACGGACCAUACUCUGGAAUGCAAGUCAAUGUGCCCGAGCCACAUUGCUUGCGGCGCGCAUUUGGCGUGACUACCGAUAUGCUGGGUAACUUCACAAGUACAAUGGUACAAAGCAUCAUGGAAUACCCGGACUUCAUAGGCUUCUGGAAUAAUUCUGAGCUUAUGCCUCAUGACCUUGUUCAUGGCUCCAUCGGGGGUGAUCUUCGUGAGGCAUACUCACCCAACGAGCCCCUUUUCUUUCUUCAUCACUCUCAAAUCGACCGCUUAUGGACGCGAUGGCAAGGCCGGAACUCAACUCGUCUAUCGGACUACCGGGGUAAUACCGUUCAGAACACAACCGAACUCAACGCCAGUCUACAGGACACGAUGAAGUUCCUAGGUCUUGGAGAAGAUCGAUCAGUUGAAAGUUUGAUGGAUACUCUGUCGAAUGGACUAUGUUACAAGUAUGACGACGAUGAGUGA